AUGGAAUGGAACCUCAGAAGGAUGGAAAGUGAACUGAGGCACAUCAACCCAGACCUGCUGCAGCCCAGCAAGAGCUUCAAGAAGCCCUCCUCCGGCACCAUCACCCUGAACGUCGGGGGGUUCCUCUACACCGCCCAUCGGACCACCCUCUCCAAGCACCUGGGGUCCUUCCUGGAAGAGCUGGCCAACGGGAAGAAGGCCGUCCAGCACACGGAUUCCAUGGGGAACCCGUUCAUCGACAGGGACGGCCCCGUUUUCCGGCACGUGCUCAACUACCUAAGAACCGGGGAGCUCCAGCUGCCCGACGACUUCCGGGAGGCCGGGCUCCUGCGGCGGGAGGCCGACUUCUACCGCCUGGGCGAACUGGUGGAGGCCGUGGCGGAGUGGGAGAGCCACAGGGCGGCCCAGCGGGAGCCGGCCUUCCUGGAGGUGACCGACAGCCACGAGCGGUCGCAGGGCCUCAAGGUGUACUGCAGCGACUCCGCCUUCAUCGAGAAGGUCAAAGGGCGGCUGGUGCAGAUCUCCAAGAGCCGGCUGGACGGCUUCCCCGAAGAGUUCGUGGUGUCGUCCAACGUCAUCCAGUUCCGCCACUUCAUCAAGUCGGAGCCCGGCUCGCGGCUGGUCCUGAAGGAGGACAGCACGUUCGUGUGCACGCUGGACUGCCUGAAACUAGAAACGGUGAUGCUGGCGCUGAAAUCGGGCUUCAAGUUGGUCACCAGCCUCGACAGCAGCAAAGGCUCAGUCGUGGCGGCCGAGGCCCUGCACUUUGUCAAAUAG